UUUAAAGGUGUGCUGAAUGAAGAUUUUAUGAGGGGAAGACUGGCCAAGGCUGAGAAAAACAAGUAUUUUUUUGUACAGUGGAAUGGGCCAUUCUUCGGUGCUUUGACAUUAUGCCAUCCUGACACUGCAAAAGUGGUCCUUAAAGGUUAUGAACCCAAAGGGAGAGUAUAUGAGACCCUGCGACCAUGGUUAGGUGAUGGCUUGCUUCUUGCCAAGGGGAAAAAAUGGAUGAGACAAAGGCGGCUUCUCACCCCUGCAUUCCAUUUUGACAUCCUCAGAACAUACAUGGUUAUUUACAAUGAGGCAUCGGAUAUGUUCCUGACCAAGCUUUCUGGAAUGGCAGAGAGAAAUGAACCUUUGGAUGUCUUUCAUCAUAUCAGUUUGUUGACUUUGGAUAUCAUUUUGAAGUGUGCCUUCUCUUUUGAUGCCAAUGUGCAGUCGACUGGGAAAAGGCAUCCAUACAUUCAAGCUGUGUUCGAUAUGUGUCAUGAUGUGCCAAGAAGAUUUACAAAUCCUCUGUUUAUCCUGUAUCCCAAGCUAUACAUGCUUACAUCUAGAGGAAGGCGGUUUCAAGAGAGCUGUGACAUUGUUCAUAGGGAGGCAAACCAUGUCAUUGCAAAAAGAAAAAAAGAAUUAGAAGCCAGUGGUGGCCUUUUCCUUAAUAAAAAACGCUUGGAUUUCUUGGAUAUUUUAUUGACUGCCAAGGAUUCUGAUGGUAAUGGAUUAUCAGAUGAAGACAUCCGGGCUGAAGUGGAUACAUUCCUAUUUGAAGGUCAUGACACAACAGCCAGUGGAUUAUCCUGGACAAUUUACCUCUUGGCCAAUCAUCCAGAGCACCAACAGAAAUGCCAGGAAGAAAUUGAUGAAGUCAUGCAAGGCAGGGAUGAAAUCCAGUGGGAAGACCUGCCAAAGUUGAAGUACUUGGGUCUUUGUCUCAAAGAGGCAAUGCGCCAUUAUCCUCCAGUUGCCGGGAUUUCUAGGAAACUAGAAAAAGAUAUUGAAAUAAUGGGGAAGAAGGUAACUGCAGGGACCAAUGUCCAACUGCCUAUUUGGAUUUUGCACCACAGCAGCCACGUCUGGGGAGAUGAUGUCAUGGAAUUUAAACCAGAAAGAUUCCUUCCAGAAAAUUUCAAGAAUGUCAACCCAUUUGGAUACAUUCCUUUUUCCGCUGGACCAAGAAAUUGCAUUGGCCAGAAUUUUGCAAACAAUGAAGAAAAGGUUGUGAUGGCCAGGAUUCUGCAUAAGUUUAAGAUUUCCAUGGCAGACAAAUCUGAAAAAGCAGAAUUCAAUGUUGCAUUGAUUUUGAAGUCAGCAAAAGAGAUCAAGGUUGCAUUGAAACCAAGAUAAACAUCAUUAGAAACAUGAGGCCAGAAAACCAUGGUUACAAAUGAGACUUUCUGUCCUUAAUUGUUACAUGUACCACCAGCCACAAUUUCAAUUGGUUCUCUGAGCCCAAGAUGUUACAAGAGACUAGAGAUGGUUACUGAGUCUUCAGUUAAAAAACACUUGAUCUACAUACUAUAGAAUUGAUGUGGUAAAAAGGAUUACCCACUCAAUAAACUAUAAAAAUGCAAAUCAAAAGGGAGAAAAAUUGCAUUUUAAUGUAAAUGCUGAAUAGAAAUAAUAAUCCAUUAAAGACAGAGAUUUUUAUACAUUAUAUCCUGAAAAUUUAUAUCAAGAAGUAUUCCAAACUACCAAUACCAAAUCAUUUUAAUGUUGUGUUGAUGAGUUGUGUAGAGAAUGUAUAAAAAAAUACUAUAGUGACCAUAAAAUCAAUCACCUUUUAUCAACCGAGAGUGAACAGCUUUAUUAGAUAGCUACAAAGUUCCCUGCAGCUAUUUAAAGUGCCAAAACUGAGAACAAUGAGAGCUUCAAGGACUUUUAUUCUCUGGGCAUUGUCAGCUUUUUAAUUUUUCUUAAAUUCUUAAACUUAAAAGUAGUACCGUAAUUUUAUGAUUUGUCAAAUACAUUUAAAAUUUCAAUUCUGCAUAUAUUAUAUACAACGUACAAUACAGAUAACAAAUUUCAAGGGAUGCCAAUCAACCUAUUGUCUUCAAUUUUGCAGGAAUGAUCAGUAUUAUUAAAACGCAGCUCUUGUUCAAAAAUCAGCUUGAUUGGACCAUUUUUUUCUUGAAGAUUAGCCAUUUUUUGGUUGUUUUAUACCAUAUACAAUACAGGUUACCCAUUUCAUGGAAAACCAUUUGACCCAUUGUUUUCAAACCUACAGAACUUAAGAAUGUGACUGAGAUACAGGUUGAGUUUGAAAACCAGCUUUACCGGAUUUAUUUUUCAUAUGUUAUGCUGUUUCAUGAUUUUUCUGAAUAUUUGUUACAAGUAUAUGUGACACAGAAACCACAUUUCGUGGAUAACUGUUUGACCUCUUGUCUUCAAACUAACAGGACUGAAAUGAAUUAUUAAUAAUAAUUUACUAAAAAUGGGUCAGGUUUCAAAAUCAGACUUAAACUUUUUUGUUUUUGUUUCUAAAUAAAGCAUAUAUUGUACUGUAUUCAAUGCAGAUAACGUAUGAAGCAGAGAAUCAGUUGGCUUUUUGUCUUCAAUUAUAUAGGGAGAUUAAUAUCAUGAAAAUAUCAUUUUAAUUAAAAAUUUGCCUGUUGGGAAUAUUUGUCUUAAAGUUUUUUUUCUUGUAGAAUUCUUCUUUUCCUACAUAUAUAAAUGUAGUUUGUGACGUAUGGACAUGGGUUGAUCAGUACAUUUUGGUAGUUACAUAGCUAUUAAAUCAUCUCACUCUCAAGUGGCCAUUAGAUGAGAUUACAUAAAACACACAUUGGGAGUGAUUUUGAACUCCUAUAGGUUUAGCCUUGUGCCACAUACAGUUUCAUUUACAGUAUUACAUAGUUAAGAAUUUGCUGCAUAUUACAAAAAUUUUGCUGCUUAGUUUUCAUUUUGCUAAGGGUUGUCAACUGAAAACAAUUUUGCAGUUACUGUUUCAAUUAUGCAUGUAAAUAUUUUAUAAUAUUGCAUAUAAAUUAAAUAAUCUGUGUAUUGUCAACAUUAAUGGCAUAGAUGAAUAACAUAAUUAUCCUCAAGUUUACUGUGGUGAUUCUUAGUAUGUAAAUACAGCUAAAUGAAAUAUUUGGGUAGCAGCUUUAUUGGAAAAUAUAUAUAUUUUAUAUAUAUAUGUACUUUUUAAUUUUUUACUUUUUUGAAACAUUAACAUUUUCAAGAUGUGACUUUUCGCUCCCAUCUACCUUAAUCCCUUUACGAGUACUGGUAAUCUAAUGAAUUCUAUAUUUCCAUGUAAGCAAUAGUACUGGUAUUUAUGUUGUUAGGCAUUAUGUUACAGUAUUAUAAUAAUUAUUUUGUGCACUGUCAUCAUUAUUCACACAUUGGGAUUUUCAGUAUGUGAAUUUGAACUCUCAAGCUGAAGCUAUAUCCUUAUCGUCCAUGGAUAGCUGUUGUGCAUGAUUAAAAUUUGGUGUUGAUUGACUAUGCUUUUAUAAGCAAUAUUUAUUGUUGCAUCAAAAUUGACAAAAUGACCUAUUUUGUGCAUCUUUAUUUUCUGCUUUUUGUCUGUAUAGCUAUGCUGCCUUGUUAGUAUUAUUAAGGUCUCAUUCAACUUUUGUUUGCAAAUAAAUAUGAUUAUUAUGUUUAAAAAAGUG